GCCAAUAAUUCUAAAUUAACAAUCCAUCCCAUUCCCACCCCACCUGCCUAGUUGGGUUGGGACUUGGAGGAGGCGGCGGCGGUGUCAGGCGAGGAAGACGACUCCGUCUCCGUCUCCGUCUCCGUCUCCAUCCCCCCCGGCCGCCGCCUCCUCCUCCUCCUCCUCCUCUUCUCUUCUCUCUCCGCGACAAGCAAGUAGGGAAGGGAUCCAUCAGCAACAGACAGAAAAGCCAACCAAGCCCAAGACCCAUUCCCCUCUUCUCAAAAAGCCAAUCCAAUUCGGCUUACGACCGAGUUGAGAUUGGAAUUGGAUCCCAACAGCAACAGCGCCCAAAUCCCCCAUCGCUAGCUGCACUGCAGUCCGAUGCAGCACCGCCGCAAGCCCGCCUCCGCUGCGGCGCCGGCCGCCGCCAAGCAGCCGCCCUCGCGCAGGCCCACCGCCCCGCUCUCGCUGGCGGGCCUCGUCGUCGCCGUCUUCCUCCUCGCCGUCUUCCUCUACAACGAGGACGUCGUCAAGAGCGGCGGCGGCGGCGCUGACGUGGCCGUGCCAGGCAGCGUCGCGGUCGCCGGGCGGGCGAGGUCCCCGGACCUGCGGGUCCUGCACCACCACCAUGAGGAGCACGAGGAGGAGGAUGCCGCCACUCAGCCCCCGCCGCCGGCCAAGCACCACCAGCAGCAGCAGCCGCAAGUGCCCGCGGGGUGCGACCUGUACCAGGGGCGGUGGACGUUCGACGCGGCGGGGGAGCAGUCGCCGCUGUACCGCGAGUCGGAGUGCGAGUUCCUCACGGAGCAGGUGACGUGCAUGCGCAACGGCCGCCGCGACGACUCCUACCAGAAGUGGAGGUGGCAGCCCAACGGAUGCGACAUGCCCAGGUUCGACGCGUCGCUGCUGCUGGAGCGGCUGCGGAACAAGCGGCUCAUGUUCGUGGGUGAUUCGCUGAACCGCAAUCAGUGGGAGUCCAUGGUGUGCCUGGUGCAGUCCGUCGUGCCCCGGGGCCACAAGACGCUGCAAAAGUUCGUCAACAACGGCUCGCUCAACGUCUUCACGGCCCAUGAGUACAACGCCACCGUGGAGUUCUACUGGGCGCCCUUCCUAGUCCAGUCCAACUCGGACGACCCGCAGGUGCACAGUGUCAUGGACCGUGUCAUUGCCUGGCGCGCCAUUGCCAAGCACGCCAACAACUGGAAGGGCGUCGACUACCUCGUCUUCAACACCUACAUCUGGUGGCUCAACACUUUCGAGAUGAAAGUCCUAAAAGGGAGUGGUGCUCUGAGGAAUAACAAGGGGGCGGCAGGGUGGAGCAAGUACGCGCUGGUGGACCGGCCGGUGGCGUACCGGGAGGUGCUCAAGACGUGGGCAAAGUGGGUGGACCGCCACAUCGACCCCAACCGAACCACAGUCUUCUUCAUGGGCAUGUCGCCCAACCACAUCACGCCGUGGGCGUGGGGCAACGACGGCGGCAUCAAGUGCGCCAUGGAGACGCAGCCGAUCGUGAACCGGACGGCGCCCCUCAACAUCGGCACGGACUGGCGGCUGCACGGCGUGGCGCGCGGGGUGCUGGCGCGCUACCUCCACCGCGUGCCCGUGCACUUCGUCGACAUCACCGGCCUCUCCGAGCUGCGCAAGGACGCCCACACCUCCGUGCACACGCUUCGCCAGGGGAAGCUGCUCACCCCGGAGCAGCAGGCUGACCCCAAGACCUACGCCGACUGCAUCCACUGGUGCCUCCCGGGCCUCCCCGACACCUGGAACCACUUCAUCUACGCCCAAAUCGUCUCCUCCUCCUCGGAUGCAUGAUCACCAGCCAUAGCAUUUUUCUUUCAUGUUUCCUCCUCUCUUCCAUUCACUUUCUAUCCAUUCCGUUCCGUUCCGUUCCAUUCCUAGCUAAGCUGAGUAAACCAAGCUUCCUAUCCCUAGCCCGCAGCUCUUCUCUUCUCAUCUGUAAAGUAAUUAACUUGUGAGUAGUAAGUAAUUUUAUUUAAUUGAUUUUUUUGGUUGGAGAAAGAUACAAGAGGGAACAUGAAAAGCAAUUGGUUAGUAGUCUGGGGAAGGAGAAGUUCAGCAAGCACUGCAGAUACAUACAUGUUA